AUGCUCGUUGCAGCCCCCGGAGGCUCGCCCGCCACCAGCCUGGUGGGCUCUGGCCGCGCCUGCGCCCGCUGCCGCGCUCCGCUCGGCCGCCUCGUCAACCGCGGCGCGCCCUGCAGGGCCUGCCGGCUGCUCGUCUGCCGCGCCUGCAGGCACUACCUCGAGCGCUCCCCGGACUGGGUCUGCUCCGUCUGCCACAAGCACAUGGAGAUCCAGGCGGCGACGGGGGAGUGGAUGAACGAGUACGUGCGGCGGCCCAGCAGGAGGAGGGAUAACCGCGUCUACGUGCCGCCCGCAGACGUCGUCAAGCGCAGCAUCCGCCGCUCCUGGACCAUCUCCAAUCCAUCAUCGAGGUGGUCAGCUACUCGAGGCUCUCCGGAACUUAGAGCAUACAACAGUCUUCCGCGCCACCAAGAAUGCUGCUACACUUCGCUAAACCACGUACCGAGGGACAAGUCGCCGUCGUAUCCGAGGGAUGAGAGCGGCGCCUGCGGAUCUCCGCGUUCCCGCGACAGCCAGCAGUCCCAAUCCCAAAAGUACAGCCUCCCAGACGACGAAGAUACGACCGAACGAUCUCCGACUAGAUCGCCGCCGGCUGCGGACUUAGAGGACCGCCCUGCGGCGGUGGCGACAACGACGACGAGCCAGACAGCCGAGCAGAGUCCACCGGCCGGCACGUUCAGAGACAGGAUGUCCAACUCGCCCGCGCUCAGCGCCCGAGUCCGCAGGCAGCAGUACUUCAGCUCGAGGAGCGACGACGACGCCGAGUUCCAGAGCAGGUACCUGCAGAACCACGUCCUGAAGCAGCACCGCGCAGACGUAGGCCGCCAGAAGUCGGACGACUACGUCGCGGGCAGCGCGCCGGAGGACAAGUCGUCCUCGCCGGGCAGCAGCCCCAGCGUCCAGGAGAGUAGGCUGGCCGCCGUGCGAGACCUCAGGGACGUCACGUCGUCCUCGACGAGCCACAGCAGCCGAGAGGUGUCGCCGCUCACCAGGAGGCACCAGAGCUUCGACGUCGUGGACAGGCCCCAGUCGAGGACCGUGUCGCUGCUGCAGCACCGGCACUCCUCCGUGGACCGCGGCGGCGAGGCGGCCGCCCCCGCGUCGCCCCACCGGCGCUACUUCCUCGUCGGGCAGGACGCGCCCCACUCGAGGCACUCGCUGCUCGGCCGCGACGCGGUGCUGCCGCCGCCGCCCCACCGCCGCCCCCUGCUCACCAGGGACUACGUGUCGUCGACGCUCGAGUACAGCGGCAACAGCGACAGCGGAGGCGAGAUCGUGGCGACGCCGCCCCCGCACGGCCGCCGCUACGGCGGCGCCAGGGACGACACCUCGUCGCUGUCCUCGCACAAGGCUGACGGCUCGCCGGUGCACGCCAGCUCGGGCGACGAUUUCGACGUCGAGCCGAUAAGCGGGACGGUCUUCCGCAAAGUAACUGUCAAGAAGAGAAGGCAGGAGACUCGUAGGGUGCUCGACAACGGUCGGUUCUCGCGGCGCAGCAGCUCGCGCGUGGUGGAGAGCGUCAGGGUGACGGAGGUGAGCAGCGACUACUGCGGCGUCGGCCGCUACCACCACCGGCACCACCAGCACCACCAUCACCACCACCACCACGAGCCGCUGCUGCUGGCGCCGCCGGACGUGGACGACUACAAGCUGGUCUUCAUCAGCUCCGACUCGUCGUCCAGCAAAGAGGACGACGACGAGGAGGAGGAGGACGCGGCGGACGAGGACACGGAGAGCAGCAGCUCGGCCGGCUGCGACUGGGACUACUUCGAGCAGGGCUGCUGCGGCGAGCGCGCCGUCGAGGAGGUGACGCUGUGCGACCAGCACUGCGCCCCGCCGGAGCCGGCACUCAUCUCGCCGCUCAUCUCGGCCGCCGCCGGCAGCACCGUUGUCGCCGUGACGUCGACGGGCGCCGUCGUGCAGUGCCCGCCCGCCGUCGUGGACGUGUCGGGCGCGUCUCCGCAGCGGGCGCUCGCCGCCGUGCCCGCGUGCGAGAUCUUCAUCCGGCACGAGAGGGCGCACGAGGAGCUACCUGCCACCGUCGCCGAAGUAAUCUCCGCGCCGGCGGACCCGCCGCGCCGCGAUCGCGUUUCGCUAUCGGAGGGCGAUAGCGCCGAUAAGGCCCGCGCCGAUAGCACUGACGACGCCGACCGUACCGUCACACGCGAGUCAGUGAGCGGCAUAAUGCUGCCCGACCCGUCUCAGCCACCACCGAGGCACGUCUAG